UAAGCCAUCCAGGGGUUUGUUAGACUCGGGAGAGCAAGAAGGGAGAGAGAGACUCUAUCGAAAACUCUUCUCGCUCCUGCGCGACUUCUCAAGAGGUUUUUGAGGUAAAUUUCUCUGCAGAUUCUCAAAAACCCUAGAAUACUGUAAUUGAAGAAACCAAGAUAGUCGAAUUGAGCUUUUUUUGAUUUCCUCGAUGGACUUUGAUGAUGCAAUUGAGUAUUUAGAAAAAACUGUUGAAAUCUCACAAGCCAAGGAGAAAGAUACAGUAAAUAGUGGUGGUGAUGAUGUUGUGAAAUCAGGGGAAAAAGAUAGAAAGAGUUCUAGACACAGGAGUGAUGAGAACGAUGAUGAUCUAGAUAGUCGGUCUAAACGUGCAAGAUCUGGAGAUGACACUCGGGACCAUGAUCGACGCAGAGAGAAGAGUUCAUCACGCCAUUGUUCAUCUCCUGAUCACAGGUCGUCUAGAGAUGGAGAUAGGAGUGAAAGGGACAGGCAUAGAAGCAGCAGAGAGCAUAGGGACAGAGAUAGAGACAAGGAUAGACGGACGGAGGAUAGGAAUGGCAAGGAAAGAGAAAGCAGCAGGGAUAGAGACACAGAUAAGGACCGUGAUAAGGUAAAAGAGCGCGACCUUGAGAGCGAGAAAGAGCGCGAUCGGUCACGUCGCAGCACCUCUGAAAGACGGCGUAGUGAUCGUGAUAAAGAGGCUGAACGGGAAAGGGACAGAGAGAAGAGUAGAGAAAGAGAACGGGAAAGGGAGAAGAGUAGAGAAAGAGAACGAGAAAGGGUAAGAGAAAGAGAAAGAGAAAGAGAAAGAGAGAGGGAACGAGAAAGCAGACGCUACAAGGAGAAAAAGGAAGAAGUUGCGGAGCCUGAGGCCGAUCCUGAAAGAGAUCAGAGAACUGUGUUCGCUUAUCAGAUUUGUUUGAAGGCAGAUGAGAGAGAUGUGUACGAUUUCUUUUCAAGGGCGGGCAAGGUACGGGAUGUCCGCCUCAUAAUGGACCGCAAUUCAAGACGUUCAAAAGGUGUUGGGUAUAUAGAAUUCUAUGAUUCAAUGUCUGUCCCAAUGGCUAUAGCACUCUCUGGUCAGCCGCUUCUUGGCCAACCGGUAAUGGUUAAACCAUCGGAGGCUGAAAAGAACUUGGUUCAAUCAAAUGUAGCUGUAGUAGGACCAGGCGGUUCUGUUGGACCUUAUUCGGGAGGAGCUCGGAGGCUAUAUGUUGGCAAUUUGCACUUCAACAUCACAGAAGAACAACUUCGCCAGGUGUUUGAACCAUUUGGUGCUGUGGAGCUGGUGCAGUUGCCUCUUGACCAGGAGACUGGGCAGUGCAAAGGGUUUGGUUUUGUUCAGUUUGCACGUCUUGAAGAUGCUAGAGCUGCUCAGAAUUUGAAUGGACAAUUAGACAUUGCAGGGAGGAUCAUCAAGGUAUCAGCUGUGUCGGAUCAAGUUGGGAUGCAAGAAUUUGGCGUUAAUGCUGGUGAUUUUGAUGAUGAUGAUGGUGGAGGCUUGACUUGGAAUGCCCGCUCUAGAGCCAUUCUAAUGUCGAAGUUAGAUCGAAGUGGCACCACAUCAAGCCUUGUUCCUGUUGUAAAUGGAGCUUCCCUUGCUCUGCCAGCAACAUCAGCUCUUGGUGUUGCACCUUCCAUCAACCCACUAGCUGCUGCACUUGGACAAGCUUCUAUACCUGCACUACCUGGUUUACCAGGUUCCCUUCCGGUUACUGCAGUAUCUGUGCCUCCUAUUGAUUCUGUGGGUGUCCCAAGUGAAUGCCUAAUACUGAAGAAUAUGUUCGAUCCAACAUCUGAGACUGAAUCUGAUUUUGAUUUGGAUAUUAAAGAUGACGUUCAAGAUGAAGUUUCAAAGUUUGGGGCAGUAAAACAUAUUUUUGUGGACAAGAAUAGUGCUGGGCAUGUGUACUUGCGGUUUGAUACUACAACAUCAGCCAUGAGUGCGCAGCGUGCUCUUCAUGGGAGAUGGUUUGCUGGGAAGAUGAUAACUGCAGCAUACAUGUUACCGCUGAAUUACGACGCCAAGUUCCCCGAUAGCAAAUAAGUACUGUGCUACUACAAGUACUACGGUUUACACCUAUUGUUGUUUUGGUUUUAUGUAACGAAGUAAUGAAUUUGACUUCCAGAGUUCCAAGGCGUAUACUUCAAAUCCCUUUUAGAGGGUGUGCCUUGUGGUGGCUAGUAAAGGUGAACAGACUUGCUCAGAGAAACAAUAUGUAGAGAUUUUAUACUUACAUAGCGUGUAAAAGCAGGAUGGUGUUAUAUCUUUUAUUUUCUGAAUCAAGUUUCUUGUAUUUUCCUCCCUAAUGGAGGCUGGUCAGUUGUAUUAACCCUUAAAUAAUGAUGCAUUCCAGGUUUUAAAGCAGUUCAAUUUCGGAA